UAACUCACCGGUUUCGAUUUCGUAAUUGAAGCUUGAACUCUGCUAAAAUGGAGAUAACAUGCAAACCUGCGGUUGAGAUGGCAGCUGACACACCGGAGGAGAAAUCAUUCGUGUUUGGUCUCCUAUCUAAGCGCCACCAGCUACAGUUAUCAAGUGUUCGACACAAGAGCACAAUUCAGUAUGCUACACGACCUGAUCUGCCGAAGCUGGCCUACAGGAAACUGAAAGGGAAGAGUCCUGGAGUGGUUUUCUUGCCUGGUUUUGCCUCAAACAUGGGUGGACAGAAAGCAGAAGCAUUAGAGGAGUUCUGCAAGUCGUUGGGUCACUCAUACCUCAGGUUUGACUAUUCUGGCUGCGGGUCAUCUGAAGGGGAAAUGGGUAACUACAACAUGGGUGCCUGGAAGAAAGACGUACUCUAUGUACUGGAUGAAUUAGUAGAAGGGCCACAGAUCCUGGUCGGCUCCAGCAUGGGUGGGUGGCUGAUGUUGCUAGCCGCUCUUGCACGGCCAGAGAAGACGGCUGCUUUAGUGGGCAUCUCAGCCGCUGCAGAUCAUUUUGUCAUCGCCUUCAACGCCCUACCAAUAGAGACAAAGAAGGAGAUAGAGGAACAGGGCUUUUGGAAAUUCCCUACCAAGCACAAUGAAGAGGGUUUCUACACUCUAAGCAUGGACUUUCUGAAGGAGGCCGAGAACCACUGCAUACUCCAGAGCCCCAUCCCCGUGUCCUGCCCCGUCCGACUGAUCCACGGCCUCAAGGACUCUGACGUACCCUGGCACGUCUCCAUGCAGGUCGCGGAGCGGGUACUCAGCAAUGACGUGGAUGUCAUUUUUCGCAAGCAUGGGCUUCAUCGCAUGUCAGAGAAAGAUGAUAUUAAGCUCAUGGUGUACACUAUUGAUGACCUUAUCGACAAAUUAACCACAUUAGGGUGAAGAAUGGGUGUGAGGACGACGUGAAGGACGGACCAGUUGGGAUGGGAAAAGCCGUGUACACGGGUGUCAGGUUUCUGGAAAAUCGAGGUAGUGACGGAAAACAAAGUAAUUGAAAGGGAUGUCAACCAAAAGUGCAAAUUCUCAUUUCUUUUCAGAGCAAUAGGACUUUAUUUGUUCCAUCAUAGAGCAGUAUAAAGCGACCAGGUGCUGCCAUACUCCGAAAAGUCUACUUGACUCGUGCGCUCUAUUCCUUCUACAGUCUCCUGAAGCCAUACAAUAGCUUUGUGUAAGGUAAAGGCCAACAUUUAAAUCAUUAUUCACUAAAAAUCUUGCCUGUUCCUAUAGCUCACAAGAAGCAAAUUUGAUAAAACCGUAUAACCAAAUGCAACGUUCCAAGUUUGAAUAUGCACAAGCACUAAUGAGAUUUAAGGGUA